AUGGUUCCUGGAGCGGCCCAGCAGCCUCCACCGCCACAGACCGGUGCCGGGGCACUCCCCCAGUAUAGGCCUUUGAACGUGAAGGAUGCGCUAUCUUAUCUCGAUCAGGUGAAGGUUCAGUUUCAACAUCAAACUGACGUGUAUAAUCACUUCCUGGAUAUUAUGAAGGAUUUCAAGUGUCAAAACAUCGAUACUCCAGGCGUUAUCGACCGAGUUUCGACUCUUUUCAGGGGUCAUCCCAAUCUUAUUCAAGGCUUCAACACGUUUUUGCCUCCUGGCUACAGAAUCGAGUGUUCUCUGGAUCCCUCCGAUCCCAAUCCAAUCAGAGUGACCACGCCCAUGGGCACCACGACGAGACACGAUUCAGGAGCUUUGGAUGGACUAAGUUAUGAGCAGAAAUGGGGAUCACUGGCUCAACAAUCUCAGUCCCAACAGCAACAGCAGCAGCAACAACAACAGGCUCCUCCCCCUUCCCAACUGGAUUACCGCCAAUACGCCGAGGCACAACAACACCAGCAGCCUCCAAUGCACCACGUGAACGGCAACUUGCAACAGCAUGCUUCAGAGGAGAUGCAGCCUGUUGGAGACAGCUCUCCUGUUGAGUUCAACCACGCGAUAACGUAUGUGAACAAGAUCAAAACGCGAUUUUCAAACGAGCCAGACAUCUAUAAGAACUUCUUGGAAAAUUUGCAGAUGUAUCAGAAGGGUCUGAAGCCUAUAAAUGAGGUCUACCAGCAGGUUAUUGUGCUGUUUCAAAAUGCCCCUGAUCUGUUAGACGAUUUCAAACAGUUUCUACCCGAUACAUCCGCGCAACAGAUGGAGUUCCAGCCAGCUCAGCAGAUGGAGUAUUACGAUAAGAGCCACUAUGGAAAGGUUCAGUUGCCUCCUGUGGGAAACUUCCCCACACCUGCCGUUAUUCAAGGUAAAGAGAAGAAGAAGAAGUCUAUUUCCGUUGGCUAUGAUCAGCAACAGCAGGCGUUCCCAGAGCCUCCUGUUUCUAGCGUUCGUGGUUCUCCAAAAAGACGCUCCAGAGAUGUAUCCGACAGCCCAUCAAUGUUGCCUGGUGUUCCUGAACCGGUAAGACCUUCCACAAAAGGGUCGUCCCUUUCUGAGGAAGUUUCGUUUUUCGACAAGGUCAAGAGGGCCAUUUCGAACAAACAAACCUACAACGAGUUCCUGAAAAUGAUCAACUUGUAUUCUCAUGAUAUCAUUGAUAAGGAGACGUUAAUCGAGAGGGUUGAUGGCUUCAUUGGCCAGUACAGAGACCUAUUCGAAUGGUUCAAACAGUUUGUCGGGUAUGAGGACAAGCCAUUGCACAUUGAAAAUAUCACUUUCAAGAAGCACCAGAUGGAUCUCUCUCUUUGCAAAUCGUGUGGUCCAAGUUAUAGGUUACUUCCAAAGGCUGAGACAUAUAUGCCUUGUUCUGGAAGAGAUGAAAUGUGUUGGGAGGUGUUAAACGAUGAAUGGGUUGGCCAUCCAACAUGGGCUUCGGAAGACUCUGGAUUUGUUGCACACAAGAAGAACCAAUAUGAGGAGAUUCUUUUCCGUAUUGAAGAAGAAAGGCACGAAUAUGACUUCUACAUGGAGGCUAAUCUGAGAACCAUCCAGACUCUAGAGACCAUUGCCAACAGAAUUGCCAACAUGACCCCAGAGGAGAAGAUGAGUUUCAAACUACCACCUGGCUUGAAUCAUAACUCUGUGACUAUCUACAAAAAGGUGAUCAGAAAGAUCUACGAUAAGACCAGUGGUUUUGAAGUCAUUGAUGCUCUUCAUGACAACCCUGCCAUUGCCGUUCCUAUUGUGUUGAAACGUCUCAAGCAGAAAGACGAAGAGUGGAAGAGAUCCCACAGGGAAUGGAACAAGGUCUGGAGAGAAAUGGAACAAAAGGUGUUUUAUAAAUCUCUCGACCAUCUUGGACUCACAUUCAAGCAAACGGAUAAGAAACUUCUGACCUCGAAACAAUUGGUCAGUGAAAUCAGUACUAUCAAGAUGGAGCAGACUCAGAAGAGGCUCAAUCCGUACACCGCAAAGCCAAAAGAGCAACUGAAUUACAAAUUUGAAGAUUUUGAUGUCAUGAUGGACAUCUUGAAGUUGGUGAUCGUUUUCUUGCGUCAUUCUUCGACCUAUUCUGCUAAUGAUAAGGAAAGAUUGGAGACAUUUCUCAAAGACUUCUACGUCUCCUUCUUUGCGUUGUCUCCUGAGUUCAUUGAAUCGGAGAUCAGUCAGAGAAUCACUAAAGAAGAGGAUGAAGCUUUAGAAUCCGAGGAAUCUGGCGCUCAAACUGCUUCUGUCACUUUGUCUCAAUCUAAAAAACGCAGUCGUUAUGGUGAUCUUUUGAAGGACGUCCUUAGGAAGAAUAAGAGCUUAAAGACCAUGAAGUCUGAUGAUGGAUCUGAUGACUCCAUUCCCGGUUCCCCUGUCCCAGAAGGCGACGUCAAUGGUGAUGUUCCUGCUGAAGUUGAAGAGGCGUCCAAGACCUGGGUGAACACUAUUGGCUCUGAAAAGGCUCUCAGUGCUGCCCCAGCAAAGAGGUCGGAAUUUAACUUCUUCUCUAAUACUCCGCUGUACGUUUUCUUCAGAUACUUGCAGGCUCUGUACGAGAGACUGUAUGAAAUCAAGCUCAUGAAUGAUGAGGUUGAUAACGAGAUCAAGUCGAGAAAAGAGGUGCAAUUUGCUAAAGAUUUGGACCUGAUAUCCCAUAACCUCGAAGAUAUGGGAAUCAACUUCACCGGUUCUGAUUCUUACGCCCAAGUUUUGGAGUUUUCUGAAAGACUUAUAGAAGGUGAGCUGGAACAUCAAUGGUUUGAAGAAACUUUGAGACAAGGCUACAGAAACAAAGCCUUCAAGCUGUUCACUGUGGACAAGGUUGUUGCUGGAAUUGUGAAGCACAUGCAUUCGAUUGUCACUGACCACAGAACAUCAGAAAUGAUAGACCUGAUGGUGGACGAUCGUCACAAACGCUCGACCACGGCCAAGGAACAAAUCUUGUAUCGUAUGCAGGUGAGAUCGCUGAUGGGCCCUGAAGAAAACAUGUUCAACAUACUUUUCAAUGAAACCAAGAAUACUGUUGAUGUUUCCUUCGUUGCCGUUUCUGACUUGACUCUGAGGAACAACAAGUCCUUGGAGGAUGAGUGGAACUACUAUCUCACCACGUACUCCAUGUCACAUCCUACGGAGGGUAUUCCUACCUCGAAGAUCUCGAUUCCAUUCUUGCGCAACUCUAUUGACGAAGACGAUGAUGACACCACAGAAUAUGAAGGUGUUUCGGAUUCAAAGCUAAAGGUGAAGGUUGACUUGAACACUUAUAAGCUCUUCUUUGAGCCCAAGGGAUAUGAUGAGUUCACUAGAAAGAGUGUGUAUGCAGCUGAAUUGGGUAAGUUCAAAUCCCAAGUCCAAAGGCUCGAUGCUUUAAAGGCUGCUCUGGACGGUGAAAGCGGCUGGAAGAAAGACCUUGAGGAAGAGGAACAGCACAAGUUCCAAGAGAAGUUUGAUUUGCUGGCAACAAAAGGCGGUGAUGAGUACUCGGCUUUUUCAACCGAACCAGAACCUAAACCUGAGGAGGUUUUGCCGGAGGAGCCCGUUACUGAGACUGCGGAAACAACCUCAUUGGCCGAAGCCAAACCGGAAGAGGCUGCUGUCCAUUCUCACCAUCCUGCUGAUAUUACUGUUGAUGGUGACUCAACUAUGCCUCAAGAUGACACUUUGGAGAAGGUUGACGUCGAGAUUCGUCCUGAUGAUAAGCCUUCGCUCGAAGACGUUUCCAUGGGGGAUGCUGAUGAAGUAGCUCCCGCAGCUUAG